AGGUUAGUUUGUGUUAUUUUUAUAUACAUUUCUAUUCUUAACUGGAAAAUGGCGAACUUGUAUCAUCCAAUGUCAGCCCAAUAGGCGGCUAAACUACUGAGUACCGGCAAAUAUCAAUCAAUCAAUGGGCACUGAGUUCCAGCCAUUACCCAGCCAUGGCAGGAGGAAUGACGCCAAGCACGCUACACGCAGCCAUACAGACGCCGCCGUCAUUAAAAUCGGCGAAGGUCGUGCUCCUCCAAGCACGGGAUCCAUCUCUUCCGGUCCUAUUUACAGAGUGCCAGAAGAUCUUCCCAAGCCCAACGGAAGUCCCUAUACCGCACGGUCUGUCUCUAAUGGCUCUCCUCACAGACAAUAUGAAUCAGCAAUGGCCGCUCAGUCGCAGCGGACACCCAGCCAUGGCCGGAAAGAUGCCAAGACGCAGAUGUCAUCGAGAUCAGAAGCCAUCAAAGGCAACGACUCCAAGCCCGGCGGGAGCCACGCAAUAACAAUCAAGGAAAUCAAAGCCGCAAGGAAGGCCAAAUCGCAGUACGCCGUGAUCCAGAAGGUGCCGGAGGAGCUCCGGAAGCUGAAAGAAAGCGCCUACGCUCCUCGCGUCGUCUCCAUCGGCCCUAUUCACAGCGACGACGACCGGCUGAAAUUGAACGGAAUGACCAUCAAGAAGUGUUAUGUGAACGAUAUCUUCGGCCGGAUUGCCAAAGCUACCGACGAGAAAAAAUCCCACGUGCUCAAAAGAUGUCGAGAGGAAAUGGGAAAGCUCGCCAGCGAGGCCAGCAAGUUCUACGCCGAGCAUGGCGACUUGGUCACGGAAGAUAUGCUGGUCAUCGAUGGUUGCUUCAUUCUCGAGCUUCUCUACAGGAGCUAUGAGUACUGCCGAAUGCUUGAUGAAAACCCACGUAGCAAAGAUCCAAUUUUCAACGGCGGAUUGAGGCGGUACGGCCUCCAGCAUGAUUUAUUGCUGCUCGAGAACCAGCUUCCCUUCUUUGUUCUUGAGAGGCUCUUCAUCUUCACUGAGAAAGCUCGACCAAAUCCUUCCCUUGAAUCCCUUGAAUGCUAUGUCCUUUCCUACUUCCACGAUGUGAUGUUCUUAGAAGAAGACUCCAAGUUUGAACCCAGUGAAUCUGAUCCAGACGAGAAGCGAAAAAAAGAAGAUGAAGGCAUGAAGGUUAACCAUAUCCUCCAUCUUCUACACCGACACUACAUCGACCUUCAGAAUUCGAAGAAAGAUGUGGGGAAAAUCGUGCUCAUGAAUACUGCCCAAGACCUCGACUUUGCUGGAGUCAAGUUCGUACCCAGAACGGAGGUCAGAAAAUACCCAUUCGACGUGGAGUUUAGGGAACCAGAAGGCUUUAAAUGGCUAUUCCACCGAGCCUCCUUCGAGAUUCCAACUCUAAAGAUCAACAACUCCACGGAGGUUGUGCUCAGAAACCUCAUUGCCUUUGAGCAGUGCAGCCCCGGGAUCUCGAGUUUGGUCGUCACUUCCUAUGCCUACCUCAUGGACAGGCUCGUGAACACAGCCAAAGAUGUGCGAGUGCUUUCAGAAGCGGGCGUUUUAUUUAAUUACUUAGGCGCGGAUGAAGAGGCCUCGGAUCUGUUCAACAAGCUCUGCAGGGAAGUGGUUCUGGAGGAUUUCCAGUUCGCCAAGACAUGCAAGAAAGCGGAUGAUUACAGCAAGUGCUGGUGGCCUAAAGCCAGAGCGCAUAUGAAGCGGAAAUACUUUGCUAAUCCCUGCACGUGUAUAGCUUUCUGUGUUGCCUUUCUGGUCUUUGGCAUUACAGUCGCCACUUUCGUCCGGAAUAUGCUUAGGUGAUCGAUCGAUGUCAUCCAUGAUGCUAUCUCUUCCCUAGAACCCUAUAUUUGGCAGAAAACAAAAGGAAUCCUCUUCAACACUGAUUUUGUUUUAUAUCAUAUCUCAUCAAAAUUCAUCCUUUCAAAAGGUGAAUGUCAUUACUUCCCUCGUAGGUACUGAGAUAGCCGGCAUGCUCUUUUUCUGUCGGUUGCCUCUAUUCAUUGGAGGCCAAUAAAUUAAAAGAAAGAAAGUUCAUUUUCAAAUCAAGAUCACACAAUGUUGAAGCAUACAGAAAUUUG